AACAAUCAAAGCCCAGCCCCAGCAGUGGAUUCAUUUGAUUAUAGCGCACAGCCGCAUGCUGGGCAGAGGCAGAGCCGCCGCCACGCCCGCGGCACCACAUCUCUCCGCCUCCUCCUUCCACUCCCUCCCUCAAUCUGUAAACAAACAAUAAACCCAUCGCCGCACCCAACCCAACCCACCCCCACCUCCACCCCUUCAAUCCCGAAGUGGGCGAAACUCGGGGGGACAUUCCGGAUUCGUUCCCCUCCCCGUAGCGUGUGGAUUGGAGUUGGAGCACUCCGCCCAAAUCGCCGCACAUUGCUUCAGGACGGCAUUCGCAAGAACCGCGAUAGGCAGCCGAUGCCGAUCUGAUCCGUGGGAUUCUAGGCCAUCGCACUACCUGCAUUUUUUUCUGUGUGGCAUCAUGGAAGAUGAUUCGUCAUGGGAAGCUCUUCCAAUUGAGCGCAUCAGAAUUCCUGCAUUCAACUUUCGAGUUAUUUCAGAGGCUAGCAAUGGAGAAAAUGAAUUGCCAGUUUCAUUGGAUGCCGCAGUUCCUGAUGACAUUCUUGAGAAAAUUUUCACCUUCUUGCCAAUAGCAAGCAUGAUAAGGUCAACAGCGGUAUGCAAGAGAUGGCAUGAUAUUAUCUACUCAAGCCGGUAUCUUUGGACCCACAUGUUGCCUCAGAGGCCCUGGUACUUCAUGUUCACCUGUAACGAGACUGCUUCUGGAUAUGCUUAUGACCCCAUCCUCCAUAAAUGGUAUGAUUUAGAGCUUCAAGGCAUUGACAAGAGCAGCUGUUUCGUCUCUUCUUCUUGUGGGCUAGUUUGCUUCAUGGAUAAUGACAACAGAAACAUCAUUUCUGUAUCUAACCCUAUUACAAAAGAUUGGAAGAGGCUGUUGGAGCCCCCAGGUGCAAAGUUUCCAGAUUACAGCACUGUUGCCUUAAAGGUAGAUCAGGUGACUCACAAUUACACUGUUACAUUGGCAAAAUCGAAGCAGGUACCUGAGGAUUAUGUCCAAUGGGAAUUCUCUUUAUACAAGUACGACUCACGGAGUAGUUCAUGGGUAACUGCAGUGAAGGAGGUGUUCAUUGGUUGGAGAGGGGGUGACGAUAGUGUGAUAUGUGGUGGAGUCUUGUACUGCUUGAUCCAGUCCACAGGUGUUCUUGGCAAUGUUGAGCCCCGUCACAGGCUCAUCAUGUAUGACCUUGUUGCGGGACCUUCUGAAACUUCACUAACGCAAUCGUCAAUCCCUGUACCUUGCUCUCUCACCUGCGGGCGUCUACUAAACCUGAGAGGGAAGCUGGUAAUGGUCGGCGGGAUAGCAAAGCCCAAUAGACCUGAUAUCAUCAAGGGAAUCGGUAUAUGGGAGCUUGACAAGACACAGUGGCAAGAGGUGAGUCGGAUGCCUCACAAAUUCUUCCAAGGAUUUGGUGAGUUGGAUGAUGUUUUUUGUAGCGGCGGUGCCGACGACCUUGUGUACAUCCAAAGCUAUGGUGCAACUGCUUUGCUUGGAUUUGACAUGAAGCAGAGGCAAUGGAAGUGGUCGGCAAAAUGCCCUGUGAGCAAAAAGUUUCCUCUCCAGCUGUUCACUGGCUUUUGCUUUGAGCCUCGGCUGGACAUUGCCACUUAAUUUGUACCAGUCUUUACCGUUGACUUGCUUGGCAUCAACAAAACCAGUGAUCCUCGUCUUCUGUGGAAGAUGGAUGAUACACUCUGCCUCUCUUAAUUUAUUUUCCCGUGAUUGAUGCAAUUCUGUUGUGAUGAGAUUAAUAUUUUGGAAUGCAGUGUUGCCGAAUAACA